AUGGCUGACAGUGGUCUUAAGAGAAAUAUUCCCAUCAAGCUCGGAGAUUUUUCAGUUAUCGACACCGAGUUCUCGAGUAUCAGGGAGAGGUUUGACGCCGAAAUGAGAAAAAUGGAAGAAGAAAUGAGCAAAUUUCGAUCGGAACUCAUGAACAGAGAAAGCAACAAUUUUUUUAAGAGCUCGACAAGCACUACAACAUCGUCACAGCACAGUGACAGCAGACAGUUGGCUGAGCCCAGCCACUGGGACAGCUUAAACUCUCCCCUAAUCCAGGAUGAGGGCGAUGGCAAGUCUCUUAAGCUCAGAUUUGAUGUCAGUCAAUACACACCUGAGGAAAUCGUCGUAAAGACCGUCGAUAACAAAUUAUUGGUCCACGCCAAACACGAGGAGAAGUCAGAGACGAAGUCAGUGUACAGAGAAUACAACAGAGAGUUCCUCCUGCCCAAAGGCACAAACCCAGAGGCGAUCAAGUCGUCGCUGUCGCGGGACGGCGUCCUGACCGUGGAGGCUCCCUUGCCGCAGCUCGCUAUCACCGACAGGAACAUCCCCAUUCAGAAACAU